GUCGUCUAUAUGCGUUCGCUCCCGAACUAUAGAGGGAAAAUACUCUCUCGUUCCUCGUACAUUAGGUAGUUUAGAAACAAACCAUGGCGGCAGCUUCAUCGUCCGCCUCUACGGACCCCAAACUCGACCUAAACAAGCAGAUAAGAACCCAUGAGGUUGCAAUAGCAGAGCUCAGUAGUCUUUAUUCCUCACGGACGGUCUACCAGAAAAAUGGCAACUUAUUUUUCCGCACAACUGUUCAAAAAGCUACAUCAUCUGAGCAAAAACAACUGGAUUCGGCAAAAGCUAAACUUGAAAAGCUGAAUUCCCAGUGACUAUACGUGGCCCAUGUUGUUUCCAGUUUCCUUGACUACUUGCCACUCAUUGUGACUGCCUAUUCCCAGGGUGUGAUGUUAAAGUUAAGGGAUUUUCUGCAAGGUUGCAGCCUAGUUUUUGUUGCUACAACAUGCCCGGAGUAUGAGGCUUGAAUAUUUUUGGGUGAAGUCUUGUGCAAAAUUACCUGUCUAUUGUCUGUUUAAUGCAACAAGCAAAGUACUAGAGUGAGAUUUGAACAUAUAUAUGAAAUGCAGUGAAACUCCUCUUCCAACCUUUGUCAGGGACUUGUGUGUGUUUGUAUGAGGUAUGAAUAUGAUGACUAUUUGAGAAAACAGAAAUGGUAGAGAAAUAAUUUGGGGAAAAAGGUAGAAAAAGCUUGAAGGACUAAAAGAAAGAGUGAAAAGGGGUAGAUGAUCUACUGUUGAAUUGCAAUGCCACGGCAAAGACGGCGCGGAAAGAAAUUUGUGACAAGGUUUGACAGGAACUUUGAAAGAAAGACAACUGUAAAGAGGAAGACUGAAGAUAUUUUUUUGGUUGUUUUAAUUAAAAUGAGUUUAUAAUCUCCAUUUUAAGCAUUAGUAAUCUUUUCCAAUUUGGUGUAUAAUGAACUAAUGCCUGUUGUUUUCAUUAGGCAUCAAUCAGUCUUGACGGGUCCAAUGGGUUCUGCUUUUAGUUAGACGUAAUUGGUCCAAAGUUGAAGAGUUAUAGGCAACCAAGUCUUAGCAGAUAUGAAUCAGGUUCAAGAUAAAAUUUGGAGGGGCAUAGAAAUUCAUGAACCAAUUAGAACGGUAUUCCAUAAAAUUAAUCAUGAGGAGGUUUGAACAUUCCCUCAAAGCCCUGUAAUUUUCCAGUUCAAGCAUUCGACAUCAAGAGGAAAGAAGAGAAGAGGAAGGUCACAUUUUUGAGGUUCAUCUUGGGUGUUUCUAUUAUGUAGAUGGUAAGUUGUUGAGGUUAAAUGAAGUGAUAAAGAUGAAUUCUUGAGGUUAAUCUUACAGUUUGGAACUAAAGGAGCGCACCUGACGGUGAAACUAUUAAUGGCUUUGUAGCGUCACUUGCUGUGUAAGUUAUGCUGUUGCUUGCUGGACGGUGAAAGUAUUUUUCGCCUUGGGCUUGAGUUUUCGUUCUUGACCACAACAUACAAAAGCAAGAGACUAAGAAAAACCCACUUGACUGGUAAUUCUCCAAAUGACUUUGCACUAGCAAAUUAAAUCGCAAUAAUAAUACUGAGAUGAUGACCGUUCAGGGUCUCAGUUGUACAAAGAAGUCACUCCAUGCUUAGCUCUUCACCUAUCUCAUCUAACUAAAAAAAAAAAAAAGGCAUUCCAAUUGCCAUGGAGAAGAAGCUGAAGCCUUGGCCAACAUUUCAUGUUCUUGCAUUGUUGUCGUUGUUGUUGUUUCUGUCGUUGCAUUGUGGCAGCACACAAGGACAACAAACUUAUCUGAACAAUGAUCAGUUGGCAUGCGGUGACAAAAGCAAAGACAACAAUAUCACCAGAGGCUUUUUGUGCAAUGGCGUGAAACAAUCAUGCCAAUCCUACAUCACCUUCCGGGCAGAGCCUCCCUAUGAUUCAGCAGUCACCAUAGCUUAUCUCCUGGGAGCUCAACCUGAUCUCAUCUCCUCCCUUGGAAUCAACAAUCUCUCAUCUGAUGUAUCAGCAAUCCCUGCAAAUUCCCUGGUCUUUGUUCCACUUAAUUGCUCCUGUGCUGGAAGCUACUACCAACACAACGCUACCUACACCAUCAAGGAGGACACUGAGACAUAUUUCACCAUGGCCAAUGAUACUUAUCAGGGUCUCACCACUUGCCAGGCUAUGAAGGCUCAAAACUCAAUAGGUAUCAUGGACCUGAAAGUGGGUGAUAAACUCCAAGUUCCCCUUAGAUGUGCUUGUCCAACACUUGACCAAAUCUAUGCUGGGGCCAAAUACUUGCUCACCUACAUAGCCGGUUGGGAGGACUCCAUUCCUUCAAUUGCUGAAACUUUUGGUGUCGAUGACCAAAGCAUAUUGGACGCCAACAAGCUCAUCAUUGAGGACAUGAUAUAUCCAUUUACUCUUGUUUUGGUUCCACUUGCCAGAGAGCCUACCAUGAUUGUACCACCCCAGGCUUCCCCGUCUCCACCACCACCUACUCAAAUGACUAUUACUCCUAUUAGACAAUCUAAAUCUUCCCACAAGUGGAUGUUUGUAGGUAUUGGCAUUGCGGCUGGUUUGCUUUUCCUUUUUAGCCUCUCCGGGCUUCUUUUUUGCUUCUACAAACACCCUUCUCUUAAGGCUGAGCCCGAGGCUUCAGCACCACCCGAACCAAAACCACUCUCAGACUAAUAGACUAUUCCGACAUCCUGGUUUGUAUCUAUCCACAGCGGUAGAUAUACGGUUAAAUCCUUAAGCCCCUAUACGUUCAAAGACUUGGAAGCUGCAGCUGGGAAUUUCAGUGAGUCUAACAUAAUCAAAGGCUCUGUUUACCGGGGCCAAUUCCAAGGUGAUGAUGCUGCAGUUAAGGUGAUGAAAGGGGAUGUCUUGGUAGAGAUGAAUUUAUUGAAGGAGAUCAAUCACAACAACAUCGUCAGGCUGUCAGGCUUCUGUGUUCAUGAAGGAAACACUUAUCUUGUCUAUGAGCUUGUAGAGAAAGGUUCUCUAGAUGAUUGGCUUCAAACUAGCAAGUACCAAACUUCAUUUACUCUUUCAUGGAAGCAAAGAGUUCAAAUUGCGUACAAUGUAGCAGAUGCAAUCAAUUACCUCCAUAACUAUAUAAAUCCUCCAUACAUUCACAAGAACUUGAAGACCAGUAACAUUCUCCUGGAUGGCAACUUUAGAGCCAAGGUUGCCAACUUCUGGUUGGCAAGAACUGUGGAAAAUGAGGGUGAUUUGCAAUUGACUAGACACGUGGUUGGGACUCAGGGUUAUAUGGCUCCAGAGCACAUUGAAAAUGGGGUGAUUACUCCUAAGCUUGAUGUUUUUGCAUUCGGGGUUGUCCUGUUGGAGCUUUUAUCAGGAAGGAAAGCUGCUGAAAAGAAUACUGGAGGAGAGGAAUUGCUUUCAGCAUCAAUAAAAGGGGUGUUAGAAGGGGUUAACGUGGCAGAGAAGCUUCAAAACUUCAUUGACCCUACUCUCAGGCAUGAAUAUCCCCUGGAUUUGGCUUUUUCCAUGGCCCAACUGGCUAGAAAUUGUGUUGCGUAUGAUCUCAAUGCUCGCCCGUCCAUGGCCGAGGUUUUAAUCACUGUCACCAAGAUUCUCUCUUCUUCAUUGCACUGGCGUCCAUCCGACAAGUUUCAGUCCCUAAGCAGUGCCAAGCAGGCCUCCUCCUAGGAUUCUAAGAAACUACUAUAAUUGAUGGAAGAUCCGACUAUAGGAUUUUAAUUUACUAAACAGAUUGUAAGAUACUACUUGUUUUCGUGAGGCUAUUGUCGACAACGUAUAAUAAAAGGAAGUCCAGUGAC